CAGAAGCAGCGCUGCCGCCGCCGCCGCCGCCACCACAGCCACUUUCUCCUCUAUUUCCUCUACUGUCCUCGCCCUCUGUCGACUAUCAGGUGGGCCUUGACCCAGGAUGGCUGAGCCCCGCCAGGACUUCACCGUGCUGGAUGAUCAUGCCGGGACGUACGGGAUGGGGGAGAGGAAAGAUGCCCCCUCUCAAGGGAGCUACACCCUGCUGCAAGACCAAGAGGGUGACGUGGACCAAGGCUUGAAAGAGUCUCCCCUGCAGACCCCCGCUGAUGAUGGAUCUGAGGAACCGGGCUCUGAAACCUCUGAUGCUAAGAGCACGCCGACGGCGGAAGACGCGACAGCGCCCUUAGUGGAUGAGGGAGCCCCCGGCGAGCAGGCGGCCGCCCAGCCCCACACGGAGAUCCCAGAAGGAACCACAGGUGAGGUCGCACACAUAGGGGACAGACCAGAAAUAGUGCCCACCUCCCCUGGAUAUCUCCAGACGGAGCCUGGGAGUGUCAAGGUCGUGCAGGAGCUCAUCCUUGGGGAGCCAGGGCACCAUAGAGGUGAGGCCGCCGACCCGGGCACCCCAGGUCUGCCGCGCCAGCACGUGUCCUACGUGCCCGGGGCCCCCAUCCUGCCCAAUGGCCCAAGGGAGGCCACACAGCAGCCUUCAGGGACAGAACCAGAGGACACGGAGGGAAGUCACCAUGACGUGGAGCUGCUGGAGCACAAGCUUUUGGGAGAUCUGCGCCAGGAGGGGCCACCUCCGAAGGGCGACCAUGACAAAGAGAGGCGGGGGGGCAAGGAUGUCGAUGAAGACCGUGACGUGGACGAGUCCUCGCCCCAGGACUCCCCUCCCUCCCCUGUCGCCGCAGGUCUGCAGAGCUCCCCAACCCGAGGCGGGCCACCCCCCCAGACAGUUUCCAGAGGAGCCGCUGGCUUCCCCGGGUUCCCAGCUGAGGGUGCCAUCCGCCUCCCUGUCGAUUUCCUCUCCAAAGUUUCCACAGAGAUCCAGGCCUCAGAGCCCCCCGGGCCCAGUGCCGGGCCCACGGCGGAAGGGCAGGACACGUCCCCUGAGUUCACCUUCCACGUGGAAAUCAAAGCCAACGUGCAAAAGGAGCAGGCACGUUCAGAGGUGGAUUUGGAAGGGCCUGCACUCCCAGGGCGCCCUGGAGAGGAGCAAGAAGAGCCCCAGGGCCCUUCUGAGGGAGAGUACACAAAAAAGUCUGACCUUCCAGAACCAUCCGAAAGGCAGCCUGCAGCUGUUCUGCCCGGGAAGCCCGUCAGCCGGGUUCCUCAACUCAAAGCUCGCAUGGUCAGUAAAGGCAAAGACGGGACCGGAGCCGAUGACAAAAAAGCCAAGACAUCCACACCUUCCUCUGCUAAAACCCUGACAAAUAGGCCUUGCCUUAGCCCCAAACGCCCCACUCCUGGUAGCUCAGACCCUUUGAUCAAACCCUCCAGCCCUGCCGUGUGCCCAGAGCCAUCUUCCUCUCCUAAACACGUCUCUUCUGUCACACCCCGAACUGGCAGUUCUGGAGCAAAGGAGAUGAAAGUCAAGGGGGCGGACGGUAAACCGGGAACGAAGAUCGCCACACCCCGGGGAGCGGCCCCUCCAGGCCAGAAAGGCCAGGCCAAUGCCACCAGGAUUCCGGCGAAAACCACGCCCUCCCCAAAGACCCCACCGGGUGAAUCUGGGAAAUCUGGGGAUCGCAGUGGCUACAGCAGCCCCGGCUCCCCGGGCACCCCCGGCAGCCGCUCCCGCACCCCAUCCCUGCCAACCCCGCCCACCCGGGAGCCCAAGAAGGUGGCCGUAGUCCGCACUCCACCCAAGUCACCGUCUUCAGCCAAGAGCCGCCUGCAGACGGCCCCCGUCCCGAUGCCAGACCUGAAGAAUGUCAGAUCCAAGAUCGGCUCCACCGAAAACCUGAAGCACCAGCCAGGAGGCGGGAAGGUGCAGAUAAUUAAUAAGAAGCUGGAUCUUAGCAACGUCCAGUCCAAGUGUGGCUCAAAGGAUAAUAUCAAACACGUGCCAGGAGGCGGCAGUGUGCAAAUAGUGUACAAACCAGUGGACCUGAGCAAGGUGACCUCCAAGUGUGGCUCGUUAGGCAACAUCCAUCAUAAGCCAGGAGGCGGCCAGGUGGAGGUAAAAUCGGAGAAGCUGGACUUCAAGGACAGAGUCCAGUCGAAGAUCGGGUCCCUGGAUAACAUCACCCACGUCCCUGGUGGAGGGAAUAAAAAGAUUGAAACCCACAAGCUGACCUUCCGCGAGAACGCCAAAGCCAAGACAGACCACGGCGCGGAGAUUGUGUACAAGUCGCCCGUGGUGUCCGGGGACACGUCUCCGCGGCACCUCAGCAACGUGUCGUCCACGGGCAGCAUCGACAUGGUGGACUCGCCCCAGCUUGCCACGCUGGCCGACGAAGUGUCUGCCUCCCUGGCCAAGCAGGGUUUGUGAUCAGGCCCCCGGGGCGGUCCAUAAUCGUGGAGAGAAGAGAGAGAGAGUGGGAAAAAAAGAAUAAUGAUCUGGCCCUUCGCCCUCUGCCCCCCCCCAGCUGCUCCUCGCAGAUCGGUAAAUCGGUUAAUCGGUUCAUCACUCUAACCUGCUUUUGUCGCUCGGCUUCGGCUCGGGACUUCAAAAUCAGUGACGGGAAAAAGAGCAAAUUUCGGCUUUCCAAAUUCAUGGGUGGGCUGAGGGUAAUAAAAGAUUUUUUAAAACAUUUAAAAA